AUGAUGUGUAUCAGGUGGAGCACACACGCGUGGGGCGACUUCAUGGAGUCCAACCGGUGGGGCUUCCGCUUUGUGGAGACCGACAUCGCCUCGUUCGAAGCCCGCACCAAGCACAUGGGCACGGCGUCGCUACUGCCGGCCCUGCUCCCCAGCACCGAACCGCGCGAAGCCAUCCGCCUCCUGCGGGACGCUCGAACGCACCUGUUCAACGCAUGGCAGUCCAACUCGGACGACUUCAGUACCUUGCGACAGCUCGGCGUGUGUAACUUUGAGCUCGCGCAGCGCAUCGAGAAGCGGUGGCAAGAGAAGCGGUCGGCGGCGGCGGCGGGGUCGAUGCGACUCUCGUCUUCGGGGCAGCGCAGACUGCAGGACAGCAGCAACUCAGAGACGGACUCGGUCACCUCUCUCGGUGAUGGCGACGGUAGCGAGGCCGAGACCUCCACCAUACUCAAGCGCCACGAUCUCUCCGCCACCCCGACCCACGUGCCACGUCAGCGCUAUCAAGUCAAGACCGAGGAGCAAAAGGAGAUUCAGAUGCUGGCCGAACAAGCCGUCGACAACUUCAAGAAGGCCGCCACCAUCAGGCCCGAGGACAGUAUGAUCCGCGUGCAACUCGGGCUGGCCCACGUCAUGCGGGCCAGGUGCCGCGCCCAGAGGCAGGAAGACUUUUACCUGGCGGCCCAGAUCUUCGAGGAGCGCCUCGCCCAAGGCAACACUGGCCUGGUGCUGGAGCGCGUGCUCUAUCCGGCGCUGCAGAGCCGGGGCGAGGAGCUGAGCGGCUUCCUCCGCAUGCUCUACCACUCGACCCCGCUGGUACUCUUCUUCGCACGGCACAUGGGACCCGCGACGGUGGUCGACGACGGGGAGUCGAGGCCCAGUCGUACCAUGACCGAAGGCGUCGCCGACGCCAUCGCCGUGUGGGAGUCGCAGCAGCUGACCGAACUGAAGCUGAGCCAAAGCACGCGCUCGACCGACUCGACGACGCGCAGCAAACCUGCGGCGGCGGCGCCCGAACUGCAGCAGAGCGGGGACAAGGCCUUCUGGGGCCUGCUCAAGGAGGAGCAGAAGCGCGACGCGGCCCAGCAGCAGACCACGACCGUAGGCCCGAAGACGAAUAACGGCGGCGGCGGCGGCGAUGAUGAUGUCGGGUGGUGCCUGGACUUUGCCGAGUCGGGCGAGGUGCUGACGGACCCGGCGGUGCUCACCCUCCAGAGCCUGUUCGACAACACGCCGCGGCACCGGCUUCACGGCCUCGCCAUCGCGUCGAUGAGCUUCGCCGGCUGCGACCUACUCACCGACACCUCGCUCGCUUCCCUCUUCCGCUUCCUCCGGCGCACGCAGCACGACGCCGACCAGGCGCUCACCACUGCUGCCAGCGCCAGCGCCGCGGUCGCAAACCACAUAGAUGCCCCGCAGCUCGGCAGCAGCGCGAGCGUCGGCAAGCAGAAGCGAUCGAGCGAAAAGCCCAACAAGAAGCAGGCGGCGCUCAACAAGACGGCAGUGGCCGACCACAACGCUGAACCGCAGCGGACGGCGCGGGUGUUCCCCGAGGAGGUGGACUUGGCGAUGUGCAACAUCACCGACGCGACGUUGCUGCAGAUCGCGGGCGGCGGCGGGGGAGAGGCUGAUGAGACGUCGUCAUCGUCAUCGCCGGUGAACAACCACCGACUGCGGCGGAUCAGGCUCGACGGCUGCCGGACCGUCACGGGCGGCGCCAUCGCUGCCCUGCUCGCCCGCUGUCCCAACCUGGAGAAGCUCGCCGCCAGAGACUGCCCCGCCAUCGCCUGGUCAAAGAAGACGGUCACUCAGGCCCUCAAACAAGCAACGCAGCUCAGGGUGUUGGAUGUGCGAGGCAGCGAUGUCAGCGAGAAGUGGGUCCAGGCCACCAAGAAGAACUCCACCCAACUCUCCAUUCUCCACUCCCUCUAA